AUGGGGGUUGCACUUCACCAAUAUCUCUACACGAAUCUGGUCCCUGAUGAUCGUGAAAUCAUAGAGAUUUGUGAUCAAUGUAUCAAUGUGAAUCUGAGGCGUACAGAGCUGCCUCAACUUUUGAGAAGUGAAUUGUUCAUUUCACCUCAGCCUAGUCUUACUGUAUUACAGCAGGCCUAUGCCUCGAGAAAAGAAAUUUGCGCUACAACACUUGUCAAUUCUUUUGAUGGGCUCGAAGCAGAGUAUCUUCACUAUUUGGAGGAAUCCACGGGUAAGCCCGUUUGGGGCAUAGCAAAUCCUCUACGCAGACCCCAACAUGGGAUCGAUAAUGAGUUGGAGUGCAUCUGUUGGCUGGACACCUGGAAGCAAAACUCUGUUCUAUACGUCUUGUUUGGAUCUCAGACCUUUCUUUCGAAAGAGCAAACGAAAGCCCUCGUCAAGGGCAUUGCAGCCAGCAAACAAAGUUUCAUUUGGAUGAUUAAAGACCCAGUUGGAAGCAACGUUAAUUCCUGUGAUUUUCUUCCCGAGGGUUUCAUCAAAGAAAUGGAAGACGGAGGAUUGGUAAUCCAUGGGUGGGUGCCUCAGUUGCAGAUUCUAUUAUAUCCUUCAACUACGUUUUUUAUGACGCACUGUGGGUGGAAUUCUGCAUUAGAGAGUAUGAGCGUUGGAGUUCCAAUGGUGGUUUGGCCCAUGGUGUUCGAUCAAUUUAUAAACGCCAAAUUGGUAACUGAGCAGUUGGGUAUUGGACUGCAAAUAUGCGAGGGAUUUGAUGCCAUUGCCAGUACUGACAUUGUGGAAAACAUAGUGAAGGCAACCAUGACAACAGAAAUAGGGGAAGAUCUGCGUCUACAAGCCUUGAAAAUUAAGGAAUCCAUUAAUGAAGCGUCCUGCAAGUUAUGUUGUAUAGGUGGUUUUGUAUCUUACAUCCUGAACCUCUAA